AUGGCCUACAACGCCGUCGCGCAGGGCGAACACGAACUGCCCUCCGACUCUGAUGAUUCCAGGGGACCCUCGCCGCAGCCGCAUGCCCAUCCUCAUUCCGGUACGUCGUUCGAGCAACUCCCUUUGGAUGCAGAUCAUAUUGGGGCCGGGGAGCACCUGCAACGUGCAGAAACAGACGGAUACAACGGUUUUCGGAGUCUGGGCUCCAUGGUUCGAUCGAUGACAACGACAAGCUACGAUAUGGUAGAGUCAGACGACUAUGAGGUAGUGGCCGAUCCUCAAAGUCCAACAGGGCCGGACUUCAAUAGUCCCAGUAGCCCCGAUAAGCACGCGGACACGCUGCGAACCCCAACCACCGAACACUCUGUUCCUCUCAACCAUCCGACCCCUGGGCUUCAGUCCUUGCAAGGUGCUUACGUUCAUAAUGUGGAAAGGCUGGAGAACGCUGCUGAACGUUUAAGCUUGAGCUCCGCAGAUAUCGGGAGUGAAAUUCGCAAAAUGGGAAAAAGACGUUCAAGCGCGGGCUCGGCCUCUGUGUCUAAUUAUGCUUCCCAGGACGCAAUGUCUCAUCGCGAUUCGAUUCAGUCGGGGACUCGUUUGGCUCAGGUAUCGGAACAACAUGCGCUCGAAGAAUUCCCCGAAAACCCAACGACUCGUCCUCUCGCUCAUGCUUACCUUCCUCCGCUUCCGGAUGCUGUCCCUUUGUCCACGAUCGAUAUCAACAAGCACCAACACGCGCGCACACAAUAUAAUUCAGAUAUGGGAGAAGUCGAGAUGGAGCGGCCAUUGUCGGCGGCAUCCGGGGAUACAUACCGCCAGGCCAGAAUUUUGUUCAAUGAUUUUGAUGGCGUUCAUUACGUUCCCAUGGAUAAAGGUAUCGAUCUUGCACGACGGGUAUCACUGACCAGGCCUCCCCUCGCCAGCCGACCCCAACCAUACAAACAGCCGCAGGAAGGCGAAAAUAUGGUCUUCUAUCCUGCGCCUGUUCCAAUGACAAUUAAUCUGCCACCUAAGCUCUCCCAGCGUCCAGACCACACGCAACGAGAAAAACGCCGCACGCAGCUCCUUGAUGCGGUUUCGCCUGAUAAGAGAAAAUCCGCGCCAUGGCUCGCUGAACAAGACCAGGCCGCCGGCCAUGCUCGGAGACGGACCGCACAACCAGCCGAUAUGCCCUCGCAUCUUCGUGCCAGUGUCUUUUUCGAACCGCCGAGCGCAACUCUUGACAUUGAUCCUUCUCAGACUUCAGCAGUCGCGACACUUGACAGUAUCCUUGAUGCAUCCACAACAGCUCCAGUCACUGCGUUCACAGAUCAUCCAUUUGCCGGUCCUGUAGGUCCAGAGGUGUACAGCAGCUCGAAACAUGGGAAACUCUCAAAAGAUGUGUCUGGACAGCGCAAAAAGCUGCGACCCAAAAGUACGCUCGACUUGGGUCAUCGACCAUCAGUACCCGAUUUUCGGUCUGCUUCUCUAGCAACGCACAAUGUAUACCCUACCACGGAGGCAGCGGCCGCGGAAACGCACGAGACUACCUCCUUGCGCAAACGCGAUAGUGAGUCUAGUUCUGAAAGUGAAGGCGACUCCGAGGAAAGCUCGGGGAGCAGCGAAGAAGACAGCGAAGGAACCGAUGACGAAGAACUCCACUUUACCGGUCAACCAGCUACGUUGAUUGCUGAACUGGAGCAAAGGAAACACGACCUUAAGCAGAGGCGCCGUACGGCACCUAAUGCGGUCGGCAUGCAAUCUACUCUUCUCCAGCUAGAAGCGGUGGCAGCUAAACAGAGCGAACACAGGCGGCAAAAGCCUGUUGCCCUCGCUUGGGAGAAUCCGGAUGCCCAUCCUAAUGAUCAGGACGACGAUGAUGAUGUCCCUCUCGGCAUGCUUUUCCCGGAAAAGGCGCAACACACUGACGAGACCCGGCCCCUGGGUCUUAUGGAGAAGAGGGAAAUGGAAGAAAGUGAGCCGCUGAGUAGGCGGCGUGCGCGGUUAAGAGGCGAGCCACUGCCUCAGCCUAUUGAUCAGCGUCCUAUGACUAUGUAUUCGCAAGGGACGCACGCUGCUUUCGCUCAGGACCACGAUAAUGAUAGUGGAAACGAAGGGGAGACACUUGGCCAACGCCAAAGGCGGCUCAAGGGCCACGAACGCAACAUAUCUAAGGCCGAUACCGAUUUUACCACCGAGAUAUUGGCUGAGUUCGAUCAUUUAAAGGAGGAUGAAAACAAGAAUACCCAGAAUGAACCAUCACAAGAAGACGAAACCCUAGCACAGAGGCGAGCCCGUCUCAGGAAGGAGGCUAGUGAGAAGCGAAAUUCAGGUUUGAAGAUUCCUCGAUACAGAAGGAGUAUGGCGGAUAUUCUCCAUAUACCCCGCCCUUCCACUGUCGGUCAGCAAUCCUUGAUGCAGGAGACUCCUGGUCCCAUUCACCAGCGCUCUCUCGAUCAUCGAAUGUCCAUGCAGCAUUUGCCUGUCAGUGCUGGGCCACCGAAGACGGCAGCGGCGUUUUCACAAUACCAAGCACCAAGUUUGGCUGGUCCAUAUGGCUAUCCGAUGGCACAUCCUAAUACGUUCUACAGCGACGCGAUUCUGGGCAAUGGAAACCUGAGCUACGCGAUGCCACCCAACCUCCGUCAAAACACGAUGCGACAAGAAGUUGAUCCCGGGCAGCGGGCUGUCAUUGACCGCUGGAGACAAAGCAUUGUCUGA